AUGAAUAAAUGUCCGAACACGUCGAAUAUGACAGUACAAAACAUCACCAGUCUCCUUGAAAAUGCUGCUCAAGAUAAAGGCAUUCUCUUCUAUCCCCAUGAAAGCCACGAAUUCAACGAACUAAACAUCGAUGGCAUCCAUGAAGAAUCAAUCAUUCUGCUUCAUUUCGAGGAUCAUGUGGAUAAUAUCAUCUGGCUCUGGUCUGUCUUGUAUGCAGGCUGUAUUCCUGCCAUGUCGAUUGCAUUGCCCAAAAGUACGAAUGACUGCGAGGUGCAUUUGAAUCAUCUGCAUGAUUUGUUAGACGAUCCAAUCUGUUUGACUAAAUCCGGAUUGUUGAGUCAGUUUCCAGAGACAAAGUUGAGGAUCGUGGAGAUUGAGAAACUGAAGCUGAAUGGUGAUCAAAGAGAGAUAUCCAGACUACAGCAGAUUGCCCUUCUUAUGCUGAGUUCCGGCAGCACAGGACAAUCCAAAGCAGUCUGUCUCACGCACCAGCAGAUCCUGGCCUCUGUUUCUGGAAAGUCAGCUGUCCUGCCAGUUGACAGGGAUUCAUUCUUGAACUGGAUUCGUCUCGAUCAUGUUGGCAGUCUGGUUGAGAUUCAUCUGCAUGCUCUGUAUCUCAGUUCCAACCAGGUCCAUGUUCAGGCAGAAGACAUCAUCCCCAAUCCAGGGUGGUUUUUGGAAUUGCUGCAUCGACAUAAUGUGGGGAGAACAUUUGCACCGAAUUUCUUCCUUGAAGAUCUUUUGGCAUUUCUUGAACGGAGCCCACCUGAGACUGAUGACAUUCAUCUGAAUCAUCUUCGCUAUCUCGUAUCUGGUGGCGAGGCCAACAGCACACAGACAUGCCAUCGUCUGUCUACGCUUCUCACUCGUUAUGGUGUACCACCAAAUGCCAUCGUCCCAGGUUUUGGAAUGACAGAAACUUGCGCUGGAUGUAUCUACAACAAACAAUGUCCUGAAUAUGACAUUCAGCAACAGAACGAGUUUGUCUCGUUGGGAGAGUGUACCCCGGGUAUAGAAAUGCGCAUCACGUCACCUGAUGAUGAUGAAAGAGCAGUCGGACGUCAGGUUAUCGGGAAUCUGCAGCUGCGAGGGGAUAUUGUGUUUUCAAGCUAUUUUAACAAUGAGCCUGUAACGUCAGAUGCCUUUGCCUCGAAUGGAUGGUUUAAAACUGGCGAUGUGGGUAUUAUCGAUGCUGCUGGGAAGCUCAAUCUCGUCGGACGCACAAAGGAUGUCAUCACGAUUAACGGACUCAAGUAUCAUCCCAACACGAUUGAGGCUGCGAUUGAGGAUGCAGAAAUUGAUGGAGUCCGUCCUGGGUGUGUUUCUUGUUUCGCGUAUCGUUCUUCUGGUGCAACGGAGGCGAUUUACGUUGUAUAUCUGCCUGCGUAUCCAUGGGAUGACGCAGAAGCGAGAUACAACACCAGAAAUUCGAUUAUACAGAGAGUGUUGCUUCUCACGAAUAGCCUCCCUUAUAUCCUCCCGCUCGACCCGGAUACUGUAGAACGAACUACGAUGGGAAAGAUAUCACGAUCGAAACUCAGCACUGCACUGCAGAAUGGCCACUUCCAGAAAUACGAAGCACCACCAGCGACAGAAACUGAAAAGAUCAUCCUUGCCGAAUGGGCCGAUAUCGCUGGCAUUCCGGAGAAGGCACUAGGGGUGGAACGGAGCAUGUUCGAGGCUGGAUUGACGUCUGUCAAGCUGAUAAGAUUCCAGCAAUGUCUGCGUCGGAGAUUCAGUUUUGGAGAUAGUCUUUCUGUCUUGACUAUCAUGACGAAUCCGACUGUGCGCGGUUUGGCGAAUGCAUUGCAGACUCACUCUAACAGCUACACGCCUGUCGUCACUUUACAACCUCAUGGAGACAAAACACCCCUCUGGCUCAUCCAUCCUGCUGCUGGGGAAGCGUUGGUAUUUCUAGAAUUCUCCAAAUACAUCACCCAGCGACCUGUUUAUGGCCUCAGAGCCCGUGGAUUCUACCCCGGCGAGACACGCUUCAGCAGUCUCCAAGAAUGCAUCACAACUUAUCACGCUGCGAUAAAAAAGCAGCAGCCUCAUGGACCAUACGCAAUAGCCGGGUACUCCUACGGCGGAAUGCUGGCUUUUGAACUCGCCAAAGUCCUCGAACAGCAUGGCGACGAAGUCCGCUUUCUCGCCAGCGUCAAUCGUCCUCCACACGUCCAUCCCAACCUGCAAAAGGUGCGGUGGACGACUUGUCUCACGCAUCUUGCCUAUUUCCUCGCUCUCAUUUCUGAACGCACAUUUCACGUCUUGUUACACGAGCUGAAAGAUGCUUCUCACGACGAAGCUAUAUCCCGCAUCAUCAACGCCGCAUCACCAUCCCGACUUGACGAACUCUCCUUGGACGCAUCGAAGCUCGAGACAUGGGCUGAUGUAACCCUGGGACUGCAGGAUAUCGCUCGACAGUACCAGCCCCAUGGAAUGAUCCAGCAAAUGGAUGUAUUCUACGGAGAACCGUUGGCAGUGGUUGAUUGUGACAAACGGGAGUGGCUUAGACGACUUCAGCGCUGGCAGGAGUUUGUAGGGAGUGAGAUUCGAUAUCAUGAGGCGUAUGGACAUCAUCAUAAUUUGUUUGGAGCGGAGAAUGUGUAUACUCUACAGAGGAGUUUUAGGAGGGCGAUGGAGGAGAGAGGAAUAUAA